GCGGCGAAGCUCGCACGCUUCUCCUCUGGGCGCGUCCUGCCGCCGACCACCCUUCUGUUCUCCUUCCACCUGCCCCGAAGCUGCCCCUCUCCCCCUGCUCGCCGCCUUCGUUGCCGACGCCCUCGCAAUGCCCAAGGUCGUCUCUCGCUCCGCGGUCUCUUCGUCCACCGAUGCCCAACCAACGGCAUCGUCAACAGCAGCGCUACGCGUCUACUAUUGUAUCUGUGGAGAGUUUAUCCUUGUUAUAGACAAGAGUCUUACUUCCCUGCCGCGCCGGAAGACAGAUGGCGCGGUGGUCAUACGGUGCCACGACAAUGGGCUAGGGAAGGCUCGAAUCUUCAAGCUAAAUGCGACACCGAAGGAUCCGGUUUUGGUAGAGCGCGCGGAUGGAUAUGAACGUCAAUAUAGAUUUCAGUGUCCAAGAUGCACCCUGCCCGUGGCAUACCAAACCACGUCCCCGCCGGUCAAAUCCGGCCCUUACCUGUACAUUCUUAAGGGUGCUCUCAGUCAAAUACAAGGUCAGGUUCCUCCCGAUGCCUUCGCAGACGAGGAGCUUGGUCGGGCAUGACGUUCGCCUCUCAGUCAUAAAUACUGUGAUCCUUUCUCAGAUGGCGUGUAGACGUGCGUAUUUCGAUGGACAGAAUCAAAUGAUUGUAACGAUAUAUUCCGACCACAACCGUGCCGUAUCACUUUACAAGCGGAGGGAAACUCCUAUUGUACACGAAGUAGUGAUGGAACACGCACCGUGGGCGACUGAAGUUGUGUUCGAUGGCCGAUGAGACCUUGGGUUCGCCCUACAGAAUGACGAGUCAGUCUAUGGCUGUAGGUAGCAGAGAAGCGCAAGUAGAAAGAACGAACUGUCAGAUACCGUUGUAGAUACAAAUCAUAAAUGUGAAAGUACUGUAACGUACCAACACGUCAUACAGUGUG